AACGACGGACGUCAGAGUCACCAGUUGGAGGAAGUAAAACUCACUUGGGGGGGUUUUCCGGCCUCAGAUCCUGGGUUCAAGUCCGGUCACCGUCUUUUAAGGAGGAUUAGGAGCAUCAGAAAGAGAACGCAGAGAAGUGGAAACCUGGAUUGAAGUCACUGGAGGGAAGAGAUUCUCCUUCAAUGUCGGAAGCAGCUUUGGGUCAGCUGGGGAAGUAGAGACCCACAGAGCAGGAGUCCACGUGGCUGAACGUGUGGCCGAUGGAGGAGACAAUAAGGAAAGCUGAGCAGCAAGCCCUGCGGCUGGCGGAGGCGAUCCGAGACGGGGAGGAAGAGGUCGCCCAGCGUUGCGCCGUCUGGUUAGCCGAACGGCGCGUCCCUGUCAAGGUGCAGCUGGAACGAGACGCCUAUCCGGAGCACGACAUUAGGAUCUGGGUGGGCGUGGAAGAUGCCCAGAUGGUCACCACUCCUAUCUUUCUGAAGGUCCAGCCUUCCAUGACUAUGGCUUCCCUCAAAGACAUGAUGCACCUCCAUUAUGGUUUCCCACCCAGCAUCCAGAAGUGGGUGGUCGGACGGAGGCUUCCACAGGACCACGAGACCCUCCACUACCAAGGUAUCCAGAGGGACGGAGACCAGGCCUACCUCUAUUUGAUGUCCGCCAAGGCCAAGAAGCUGGACAAAGAAACGGUGGAGUUGAACCACGAACGCAGGCAGCUGGAAGAGUUAGGCAUUACGGAAGGAGUCCUGGUACCUCGGGGAACUGGGGACUCGGGUUCUUCGGGCAUCUCGACGCCAACGGAGCCCUCCCUGAUCUUGGACACACACGAAGAGGGUAGCGGCCCUGGACUGACGACGCUCCCGGUGGAGGCCCCGAAGGUCGGCUGGGAGUGUCCGAGUUGCACGUUUAUCAACAAGCCGUCCCGCCCUGGGUGCGAAAUGUGCUGCGGCGAGCGGCCCAUGAACUACGUCGUCCCGGAAGACUAUAAGCUGGAUGAGGAAGAGCAGGAGUGGCUGCAACGGGAUCUGGAGGCCACCCGCCAGUACAAGCAGGUGGAGGAAGAAGAGAAAGAGAGAAACUACAAGCAACUCCUGAACUGGGACAACCAGAACUUGGUGCUUUCUGUGGAAGCCAUUCAGUGCCCCAUCUGCUUCAUGAACCUGGAGGCCGGAGAGGGGGUCACCCUGCGUGAAUGUCUCCACUCCUUCUGCAAGGACUGCUUGAGGGGAACCAUCCUGAACAGCCCAGAACCAGAGGUCAAGUGCCCCUACAUAGACGACAACUACUCCUGCCCUUGGCAGCUGCUGGACCGCGAGAUCAAAGCGUUAUUAACGGAGGAAGAAUACCAGCACUUUCUGGACUUGGGGAUGUCCAUCGCUGAGAAUCGCAGCCGGUCGAGUUUCCACUGCAAAACGACGGACUGCCGGGGUUGGUGUUUUUACGAAGACGAUGUGAACGAGUUCUACUGCCCGGUCUGCCACAAACCCAACUGCUUGCUGUGUCAGGCUAUUCACGAAAACAUGAACUGCAAGGAAUAUCAGGACGAUCUCCAGACACGCGCGCAGAAUGACCACGCUGCCCAACAGACCACAGAGGUGUUGCUGAGGCUGGUCAGGGAUGGGGAGGCCAUGUACUGUCCCACCUGCAGGAUCAUCGUGCAGAAGAAGGACGGCUGCGACUGGAUCCGAUGCACCGUCUGCCACACGGAGAUUUGCUGGGUGACCAAAGGACCUCGCUGGGGGCCAGCUGGCUUGGGCGACAUCAGUGGCGGCUGCCGUUGCAAAGUCAACGGUGUCUCCUGCCAUCCGAAUUGCCAGAACUGCCAUUGAUGGCGGGAGAGCCCUGAAAAUCGGACUUUUUGCAGACACGAUGGGACCCUUCGCUUGCAGACGAGGGGGAUGGAAUCCUGGACGAUGGAAGGAGGGGACUUUUCGGACAAUUGCACGGGUCUUCUGUUGCACGACCAGUUCCUUCCCACGUCCGUCUUGGGACAACUCUCCUGUCGACCGAGGUGGUGACGGAGCCAAGAAGAUCUCCAGCCUCAAGAGUUGGUUGAAGGGGGCAUCUUUUCGUCGUCCCACCCGUGUCGGUUGGGCCUAGAACUUGACCUGUGGGUUGGUUUCGCUCUAGAUGUUCUGCUUCGUCUUUCUCAAAAACAGCGGUGCUCGUUUGAUUGUUCUUCGCGUCUUUCUGCACACAUAACAUGAUCUGGUCCAUAUUUCAAGCUCGGAUCGCCGUUGACCUUACCGGAAUCUUGCCACUCAUUGCACUCCAACCAGACUUUUGAGUUGUGGUUUUGAUUUACGCAAUGAACCACAAUAUUCUCCUUUUACUGGUAUUACGGAGCUGGGGCAGCUUGGCCUGCCUUCCAGUUUUUACUUGCUUUGCUUCUUUUAGGUCACUUCGGUGAUUUUUCAGGCCAAAUCAGGAUCAGAUGGAGCUUUGCGGGUUUUUUUGGGGGGGGGGGUGAGUCACCUCUCCUGUUCCCUGCCCCACCCUUAAAUCUAGUUUCUGAAAUUUAAGAUAAACAGCGGCACAGGAUUUUUUUUUUAGGGAAUGUGAAAAGCCUGCCGAACGGAUCUUCAACGCGAUGGACGUCAUGAUUUCCCCGAGAUAAGGAUUCUGUAGCAUACGGAGGGUUGGGAAUUAAAGAG